ACUAGCUCUCGGACAGUUAGUAAUUAACUACCUCCUACCGUUUUCUGGACUAAAACUGGUUCCUUUGUUAAAACCAGUUUCCUGUCAGUCAUCUUUCACUAAGUGUUUAUAAGUGGCAGCUUAGCAGGCAAUUUCAUUUACCAGCUAAAAGGCAGAAGAGGAACAAUUCUUGUAAUGGCACGAGAGCUUAAAAGUUGGUCCUUUUGGCGGGCAGUAUUGGCCGAGUUUGUUGGGAUGACCAUUUUUAUUUUUAUUGGUAUAGCUUCUGCCAUUGGAAACAGGCAUAACAGAUAUCCUGACCAAGAGGUUAAAGUAGCUUUAGCUUUCGGUCUGGCGAUUGCCACACUGGCUCAGAGUUUGGGCCAUAUCAGUGGAGCCCACUUGAACCCAGCUAUUACUUUAGGACUUUUGGUUAGCUGUCAGAUCAGCUUCUUCAGGGCCUUCAUGUAUGUCAUUGCCCAGUUGUUGGGAGCUGUGGUGGCAAGUGGCAUUAUGUUCAAAGUUAGCCCUGACCCUGAAACAACACUGGGGCUCAAUAUGCUGAGUCACGGUGUGUCACAGGGACAGGGAUUUGCCAUUGAGCUCUUCGCAACCUUUCAGCUGGUCCUCUGUGUCCUGGCCACAACAGACAAACACCGGACUGAUGUCACAGGCUCUGCACCCCUAGCCAUCGGACUAUCCGUUGGUUUAGGGCACCUGGUAGCAAUCAGUUACACCGGCUGCGGCAUCAACCCCGCUCGGUCUUUUGGACCAGCCGUUAUUCUUGAAUCCUUUAAAAACCACUGGAUAUACUGGAUUGCACCCAUGUUGGGUGGGGUGGCUGCUGCUCUUGUGUAUGACUUCUUGCUCUACCCAAAGAAGGAAGCGUUUGGCAAGCGUCUGAAGGUUCUGAAGGGCACGGCGGAUCCGGACGCCUCUGCGACAGAACCCCUAAUCGAACCCCGAACCCCCAGAUCUGGGUCUGGAGGUCUGGGAGCCGAGUAAACAUGGAUUACAGAACAACCAGGCAAACUCCUCUCUUGACAGAUUUAAGUUAACUGGAUUCCCAGCAA